UCAUGGUGAUGAAUGAUGUCAAAUAUAUAUAUAUCAGUGUUUUGAGGGCAAAUUUGUUUAAUAACUGCUUCUUUAUCUUCGUAUUCAUUUCUGCAUCAGCCAUUGAAAGUGAACUUCAUGAAUUAAAAGCCAAAUACAACAAACUGAGAGCUUCACUUUACGAUGCUCAGUCUUGCGAUCUCUCGGUGGAUGGCUGGACAGUUUGUCGUGGGAUGAUUUACUUCAGCACUGAUAAACGAGACUGGGCAAGCAGUCGUGCUGUGUGUGUUUCAAUGGGAGCUGACCUGGUUACCAUAACCAGCCAAACAGAACAGGAUUUCCUGGUGUCUAAAAUUAAAGAGACUCACUGGAUCGGUCUUAAUGAUCUGGAGACUGAAGGUCGAUGGGUUUGGGUGAAUAACAAAACUCUUGAGGAGACUCGAGUAGAGUUCUGGUACAAGAGGGAAUUUGGGAAAAGUGAACCUGAUAACUGGAAAGUGAACGAUCAAUCCAGUGAAAACUGUGCCAGUCUGGGUGACGGCAACGGCAAUCUACACACUUGGUUUGAUGGUCCUUGCAAAGACCUGAGGAGGUUUAUCUGUGAAAAGAAAUAAUUGACUUUCACAUACAUGACAGGGGCGUAGCCAGCAUUACAUUUUUGGGGGGUCCUAUCUUAAAAUGAGGGGGCAACUCAUAUAUAAGAUGUAGAUGGCACAUUGUCACAGAAUAUUAAUGAACUCUCAUGCGAAGAUGACAGCGUAAAUUACGCACAACAACGCGUGACAUGAGCUAAUCCAAUCAAGUUUGAAAAUAGCUGCAUUUUACCGUGCUGCAUUUUGAUUGGUCAAUCUAUCAAUCAGACUACGAAAUCAACAUUUUGUUAUUUUAUUUUAAGCAAUUGGAAAUCUGAGGGGGCCGGAGAUGUAAAUGAGGGGGCCGAGGCCCACCCAGGCCCCCUCGUGGCUACGCCCCUGAUACAUGAUAUUAAAGAGGUCUGCUUUUCUGAUGAACACAAAAGAAGAUAUUUUAAUAAAUGAUGGUAAG